UAACCGCCGGUUAUAAACAGAGAACCGAACCGGCGGUUCGGAACCGUGCGUCUUCUCUUCUCUUCUCUUUUCUUCUCUUCUUCGCCGUCGUCGGUCAGUGGGUAAGAGAAUUAAGGUUAUGGAUAUCAUCAGCGCACUCAACUCGCCUCAACGAUUCGCACUUGCUGAUAGGAAUAGGAAUUGGCAGGUGGCAUUAGAUGCCCGCAACCGCAAGUGUUACCAUCUUUCUUCAUUAUCGCUAUCUUGUUUGAGUCAAAGGUGCAGCAGCAGCUCAGCCUCAGCAGCAACAGUGGCCGCAGCCACCGGGAAAAAUAAUAACCAUAAUAAAUCAAAAAGGGGUGGUAAUCACAGUUUUUUUGCCAGGCCAGAUGAAACUACAGGCCCUUUUCCCGAAGCUAUUCUUCUCAGAGAGAGAAAGGUUGAGGAAGACGGUAUGCUUGUGCCUGAGUUUGCAGAUGCUGAAGAACGUGAACUUUUUGAGGCUCUGAAUCUGCAGCUUGAAAGUACUAUGAAUGUAGAACAAAUGCGGCACUAUGAAGUGGUAUAUCUGAUCCAUGAGGAUUGCAGAGAUGAGGUUGAAAAUGUCAACACCAAGGUUCGAGAAUUCUUGAAGGAAAAGAAGGGAAAGAUUUGGAGAUUUAGUGACUGGGGCUUGCGAAGGCUGGCAUACAAGAUACGAAAGGCGAACAAUGCCCACUAUAUCCUAAUGAAUUUUGAGCUGGAAGCGAAAUGGAUCAAUGAUUUCAAGACCUUAUUAGACCGAGAUGAGAGAGUGAUCCGGCACCUUGUGAUGAAGCGAGACAAAGCCGAGACAGAAGAUUGCCCACCACCUCCUGAGUUCCGGACAUUACGUGAUGCUGCAGGUAUGAGUGAUGAGGAUGAGGAUGAGGAUGAGGAUGAGGAUGAAGACUGGGAUGAUGAUGAUGAUGAGGAGGAGGAGGAGGAGGAGGAGGGUGUAAUCUAUGUGGAUGAUAGUGAUGAUGACAAUGUGGAUGAUAGAGGGAGAAGAAAGUUGAAAGCAACAGUGUAGGUUAGAAGAGUAGUAUAGAGAUUAGAAACAAAUGCCGCUUAGUUGAGAUUUUAGGAACUUUUAUGUUGCAUAUCUGUAUGUUAUUUAUUAUUUUGGACAUUACACUUGUUUUUGCUAUUCAAGGAAUUAUGCCUUUGUGGGAAAGUGUCAUUAUAAUGACUAAAAUACCUUCCUGUAA